CAGCUCCAGAGCUCGUGGGUUCCUGGGGGCAGUGGUCACCUCACUCCCAGCUUGAGGAGGCACCGGGCUGUGGCAGGACUGGGAGACUUUGAGAGGGCCAAGACACCAUGGAGAGUGGACAGAGAGUGUCCCGAAAGGGCCGGAAGUUGGGCUCCAGCCGCCGGCGGCAGAUGCGAGAGCCGGCUGAUGGCCACGAUGCUCCUGAGGCCCCAGAGCCAGAGUCCUGGUCCUCCCAGGCAGCUGCAGAACUGCAGAGCUUCUUCCAGGACUGUGGUGCCAAGGACAGGGGCUUCGUCACCCGCGAGGACCUGGCGAUGGCAAAAUUCAGCUUCCUGGGCAGUGAGGAGGAGCCAGAGAUGAUAUUUGACUGGGUGGACAUCGAGCGGAAGGGACGCCUCUCCCUCGAAGAAUUCAGCUCUGCUCUCAAGAACAUCUUUGGCUCCAGCCCGAGCACCCACAGGCUCCGCAGGAGGCCACCAUCCUCCAAACGAGGAUCUGCAGCCACCAGCUUCCCAGUGCUGGAGGAGGCUGGUGCCGAAGAGAAGGAGGCGUUCCUGGCCUUCAUGGAGCAGCUGGGGACCAGCCACUUACUUUCUGAGCAGGCUGAGAUCUGGCAGCUGUGGAGGAAGCUGCGGCAGGAGGAGCCCCCACUGGCAGGCAACUUGGAGGGCUUUCUGGCUAAGAUGAGCAGCCGCCUGCAGGACGCACGGGCUGACAAGGAGGCCCUGGAGCUGACCCUAAGGAAGCGUGACUCCGACCACCACCACGAGGUCCAGCAGCUCUAUGAGGAGAUGGAGCAGCAGAUCCACCGGGAAAAGCAGCAGCUGCAGGCCGAGAGCCGCUCCCGGGACCUGGCCCUCAGCUCCCAGGUGCAAGAGGUCCUGGAGGCCAAGGAGCGUGCAGUGCAGCAGCUGGCUGAGGGCCAGAGGGAGCUGGAGGCCCAGCUCAACCACCUCAGCAGCACACACCAGAAGGCCAGUUCCGAGAAUCAGCAGCUGCGGGAGGCUGAGCGUGAUCUGGCUGGGAGGCUGGAAGAGGUGCGGGGGCAGCUGCAGGUGACCAGAGGGCAUCUGGACGCUGCCAGGGGCCGUGUGUCCUGGCAGGUGGAGGAGGAACCGAGUGCUCCCAGAGCUGAUGAGGAGAAGGCUCCAGAACCUCCCGUGGAGGCCCCCCUGCCUGGGCUGUUUGGGGACAAUGACGACUGGAACCAGCUCCUGAGCGGCUUCAACAGCCCACCACACAGAGCCCUGCACCUCUCCUGGAGCCCACCGCCCUCUCCGAGCCCCUCAGGCCCCCAGACACCCCGUGUGGUCAGGCAGAUCUCCAUCUCCGAGCCACAUGCUGGGCUGUUUGGCCAGAUGCCUUCCUCAGAUCUGGAUGAGACUCUAAGGAGCCCCCCUGGGGUGCCUUCCAGGGCCAAGGAAGUGGACCCAGAUGGGCAGGACAUCCAUUCAGAGCAGCCUGUCAAGCCUCAGAGCCUGGAGCCCGAGGAGGAGCCAGGGCCCAGGCCUGAGGCCCACUUCCCCUGGGAUCCCCUGGAGGGCCCACCUGGGGAGGCAGGGGCCCUGGUGGCAGCUGCAAUCAAAGUGCUCAUUCCUUUGGGGGAUGAGUCCCCUCCCCACGUGGAAUCUCCUCUUCCCCAGGCCCCCACUGGGCCCAGCGAACAGUUCCAGGCCUCAGACCCCCAUGACAAGGGCCCCGAGCCUGGGCCUGCCCCACCCAAGCCACCCAGACAGAGAGAAGCCCUCCCUCAGGAUCCAUACACCGCUGGCUCUGAGCCAGGGCUGGGGUCCCCGGAGGCUGGCACCCUCACACCCAGGCCGGCCAAGCCCUCCCAGGGUCUGGAGCCUGUGGGUCGGGCUCCCACAGAGGGGCUGGAGCAGGGCGAGUCAGAGCUGGACCUGCAGGAGGGCAGCCCAAGGGCACUGAGAGAAGCUCCUGGCCAGGUCCUCAGGCCAGAUGAGCGGCCUGCCCUCCCUCACCUGAGUCUGGAGGAGGUGCCCAGGGCUAAAGAAGGAAAACAAGACAGACAGGACAUCAGUUCAGCACAGACAGUUGAGGCUCAAGGCCUGCCAGCUGGGCAUCCAGAAGGUCCCCAGCAAGAUACUCUGCCUGCUCCUCCCCCACAUGGCACACCGCAGGUUCAAGCUGAAGCAGAGGUCCCUGCUCCUGAAAAAUCAUCUGCCUCGAGGGGCUUUCCCCCCAUGGGGGCUCAGCCUGCAGACACAGCAGGGCCCCAGGAGCCCCCACAAACUCUCCCCACCAUGGCUAACCUGGAAACCCAACCCAGGCCCCCACCCACGGCUGCUCAAGGGGAGCAAGGCCCUCCUCAACCCAGGGAGCUGAAAGCAGACAAAAGACCUGAAGAUACAGAAACGGCCUCCCAAAAGGCUGGGCUGUCCCGAUCCCCAGAUGACCCCUUGACCGGCAAGCCGCAGGCUGUGGCCGGGGAGCUUCAGGCUGACCCUGAUUUCGUCUUCCAUGUCAUCUUCCUGGGGGACUCGAAUGUGGGCAAAACAUCCUUCCUGCACCUGCUGCACCAUAACUCCUUUGCCACCGGGCUGACAGCUACCGUGGGAGUGGAUUUUCGGGUGAAAAACCUGCUGGUGGACAGCAAGCACUUUGCAUUGCAGCUCUGGGAUACAGCUGGACAGGAGAGGUACCACAGCGUGACGCGGCAGCUGCUGCGCAGGGCCGAUGGAGUGGUGCUCAUGUACGACGUCACCUCCCAGGAGAGCUUUCUCAACGUUCGCUACUGGCUGGACUGUCUGCAGGAUGCAGCGUCCGACGGGGUGGUCAUCCUUCUCCUGGGAAACAAGAUGGACUGUGAAGAGGAACGGCAGGUGCCCACUGAGGCCGGGCAGGAACUGGCCAAGGAGCUGGGGGUCUCCUUUGGGGAAUGCAGUGCUGUCCUGGGACACAACAUCCUGGAGCCCAUGGUGAACCUGGCCAGGAUGGAAGCCCAAGUGCUGACUGCGGCUUCUGAAACCCUGCUGCCUCCACGGCGCCUCUCUGUCCAUUCAGCCCUCGAUUUAACACAGUGCCUGGCUCACAGUAAAUAUAUUGUCACUCAAGAUGCAGGAGGACUGCCUGAAGGGCUCACUGGCAGAGGUGGCCCCUGAAAAGCCACCAAAGAAAGCUGGUUGCUGCUUCUGACGGCCGGUUGGCUGGGGUAGGCUGGACACCCCACUCGGUUCUCGACCCUCAGCUACUGUCCCAUCCUCCUGUACACACCAAGGACAGAGAGGACCAGCUUGGAAGAGCAGGAAAACCCUCCUCAACUCAGAUCUGAGGUCGGGGGCUGCAUUAGCUCUGCUCUCUGCCCUCUGAAAAGGGACUUUGCUGAGAAAAUAAGUCUUGGGGUGGAGGAGGAGGUGCUUAAAACUCUUUAAAGAAAGGAAAAGUCUCGAAAAUAGAUUUAAGGAAAAUACAUCUCUGGGUGGUAAAAUUACUGAGUGAAUGUGUGGGGGUGUUAUUUCCUUUAUAUGUUAUAUAUAUAUAUAUUUGUAUUUUUAGAUUUUCUACAAUAACUGGGUAUUCCCUUUGUGAGCAAAAAAAAAAUGUUGAGAUGGAGGAAAGAAACUUUCAAAGGCACUUGCUUUGAUGCUGAUUAGUAAUUAAUGUAACCUACUAAUUACAAAGCACUCUGUGUAUUAAAGCAGUCCCCUGUCUUUGCCCGGCAGAGCAGUCUUAACCUUGUUUCAUUAAUUACAUCUAUUUGCAAGUUUAGGGUUUCUUCUGAGUCGAAUCCGAUUCCUGGGGUGGCCCCUGAUGUGCCCCCACACCCUCCUGUUCCCUGAGCCCCACACACACUGCCUUCCCCCAUGACCCGCCUCUGAGGAGUCACAGCCGGGCACUGUCCCACCUGCUCGCCUGGCACUGCCCCUUGCCCUGAGGGGUGACCGCUGCAUCCAAUGAGGCACAGCUGGGGUGUGGCUGGAGGGGCCUGGGGAGCAGCUGGGAGGACUGGAGUCAGAAUCACUCAUAGGCUCCUCUUGGAGCUUUUGCAGGAGUUCCCUAAUUGCACAAGAUUUGCCUUUUAAAAGCCCGUUGCACGUUAUAACCCAGGGCGCGGGUGUUCAGUGCCCUUGGGGAGUUUACGUCGAGAGUCUUAGAGAGACCGCCUCUCACUGUUGGACUCGUUUGCUCACCAUGUACUGAACAUCCGAUGCGUGCUGGGCGCUGAGUUUGCUACUUGGUAAUCACUCAGGUACUGGUGAAUUCCCCGGCUGAAUUAGAGGAAACGCCAGGUUCGUAGAGAGGCACAAAGACAGUCCAAGAGAUCGAGUUACAAAGAGAGAAUGAAAGAGAAAACUGGAGAGCUGGAGAUAGAGGACAGAGCCUUGUUCCUACCUAUUCAAAGUCUCAGUGGCUCCCAGCCCCUACCCCUCUUCUCGAUGCUGAAAGGGAUGCCUCAAUGGCAGUGAGAUUUCUGUCACUAGAGGCAUACAAGCAA